AUGGAAGGAACAGUAGUCCUCACCGGCGCCAACGGUUCUCUAGCCCUGGGCUUUGCUCAAGCCCUCCUAGAAUCUCACCCGCGGAAGACAUUGGUUGCAACUGUCCGCAACCCAUCUCCGGAAGAAGACCUCAAUACCGCAAAACUUCUAGCACUAGUUGCAAGAUAUCCAAAAGCAAAAGUCCAUUUUGAGACCCUCGACCUGGGGAAGCUGACCAACGUGCACUCCUUCGCGGACAAGCUCUCUCGUCUGAUUUCCUCGGGUGCACUCCCUCGCAUCUCAGCCAUCGUCUGCAACGCGGCCUCGCUUUCCCUUGUAGGAGGACAGAAGUUCACCGCCGAUGGCUACGAAGCCACCUUCCAGGUGUGCCACCUCGCGCACUACUUGUUGAUCCUGAAGCUUGUCGGAAGUAUGGACGUCACAUCCGGCCGCAUCGUCAUGCUGGGCUCCAUCACGCAUUACCCAGAGAAAUCAAACCCAUUGUGUUCUCUUCGACCACGGUUUCCAGCUGAUAUGGAGGAGUUGCUCAGACCGGGACCAGAUCCACCUGCCCUCGUGCACGAUAGGGGCUUCCAGCGAUAUGCCACGGCCAAGCUGGCGAAUGUCACGUUGGCGAAUGAUCUCAAUCGACGUUUGAAGAGGGAUGAUAGGUUAUCAAGCAUCACAGCGAUAGCGAUGGAUCCGGGUGGUCUACCUAGCGCGAGAUCACAGGGUCAGCAGAAAAGGUCCACUCAAAGGAUUUUCGCGGUGAUCAACUUCCUUAUGCCUGUUCUAAAACACGUUACCACGAUGUUUCGGACCACUGAAGACGCUGGGCGUGAUCUAGUUGCUUUGAGUCUUGACUCGUCUUUCCAGGGAACGAGGGGCUACUAUAUGGGUCGAAAAGAAGACAUCCCUGCGGCUGUUAGUAUGGAUUCAGACACGGGGACAAAGCUCUGGGAUGCUUGCUGGAGGUGGUGUGGUCUUUCCGUCAAGGAUACUGUACUUCGAGCCGCUGCUCCACAGGGCUGA